AACCUCAUCCCGGGGGAGCCCCUCAGGAUCGUUGCGAGCGUUGGUUACAUCGGUUCUUUACCGCCUAACUUUGAAAAUUGCAGUCUAGGGUUGAUAUCCACUCUGGUGCCCAACAGCGACGACAUCUCGGUGUUGAUGGAUAGCAGUAUGAAGCUGAGAAUCGGCAUCACGAACAAGAUUGAGAACUCUGUAUACACUCUCAUAGAGGCGACCACGAACGGUGAGAUGGGAAACAUAUUCGCACAGUGCUGCAACAUGGAGGCAUCAUGGGAUUUGGGUGUGCCCAGUGCUACAGUGCGGGCCAGGGGUGAGCGCAACGAUGAAACACCGACCCAGGGGCCAGGGUGGUGGGUCUGGAUGCUCAUUGCGCUAUGUAUAGCCCUUUUCCUCGGUCUUAUUGCAUCUCUAUUCCUGGGAAGAUGUAACCGAUGGAGGAGGAAACCGGCGCCGCCGUUUGCCAACUUUGAAGACUCUGGUGCUUACGUUGGUCCCAAGGUUGGUUACAAUGCCCCACGGGAAACCCCCACAGCAGUUGUGGACCCCGAAUCUGGGACCCCGAUUCUGCCCCUCAUAAAGAAGAACUCCAUCACGCCCCACCAGAGGAGGGCAUCAAUCAGUCAGCUAUCGACCAGCGCCAACUCGGUUGCGAACCCGUCGGUCCGAGUCGUACAAGAGUCGCCUUUUUGACUUGCAUUAUGUAAAUUUGUCCCGCACCACUUAGUCGAUACACGUCGGAGUAUAUGCAUGUCCCUAUAACGGGGCGCUUCCAUUUUAGACAAACUCGAAC